AAUAAAAGAUACUCACAUGUUUUAGAGAAUGAAUUUCAAAAGCGAAAAGCUAAAUUUCCAACCUUAAACCUAAGAUUUAGGAAAAAAGUAAGUAAGUAAGUAUACUUUUACUAUCGCCUCGCAUAAACUCGCCUUUUGAGGGAGAGUCUAUUCGAGGGAGGCGUUUAUUUAAAAAAUGACACAAAAGGAGGGGUGUCUAUUUGAGGGGACGUUUAAUAGAAGGGGGCGUUUAUUCGAAGCAUUACAGUAGACAGAAUACAGGAGAGGGUGGUUUUUGUUUUUUACACUUGGUGACAUUUUCAUUUAUGGUCUCUACGAGGGAGUAUCAUUAGCAGUAUCGUUCGCGGGAUUUCCAACUGCUUCGCAACAUGUUUGGAAAAAGCGAUAGGUUUCUUGUAUCUUCUUAUCUUCAAAGAUUUUGAGCAGUUAGCAGAUAGCUCCUACCCUAGUUACUAAAAACAAAAUGGCAGCAUAUUUGGAAGAAGCACUGUCAACCAAUGAUCCAGAAAUGUAUGAGAUCUUGAAGAAGGAAGAUCACCGACAACGUAGUGGCUUGGAGAUGAUUGCAUCAGAAAAUUUUACAAGUCGGGCAGUUUUGGAAUGUUUAGGUUCGUGCUUCACCAAUAAAUAUUCUGAGGGAAAAGCACUUGCUCGCUAUUAUGGUGGAAAUCAAUUCAUUGAUGAAAUGGAAAUUUUGUGCAAGGAAAGAGCUUUAAAAGCUUUUGGGUUGGACGACAAUAAGUGGGGUGUGAAUGUUCAACCCUAUUCUGGUUCACCUGCAAAUUUUGCAGUUUAUACUGGGUUGUUACAACCUCACGACCGCAUCAUGGGUUUAGAUUUACCAGAUGGUGGUCAUCUAACUCAUGGUUACAUGACAGAGAAGAAACGAAUUUCCGCUUCGUCUAUAUUCUUUGAAUCAAUGCCUUACAAGGUUGAUCCAGCUACAGGACUUAUCGAUUACGACAAACUGCUGGAAACAGCCAAGCUAUUUAAACCGAAGUUAAUAAUCGCUGGUGCGAGCGCUUACUCUCGUCUUAUUGAUUAUGAGCGCUUUCGUUCUAUUUGCAAGGAGGUGGGUGCUAUUUUAAUGGCUGACAUUGCUCACUACAGUGGAUUGAUUGCUGCUGGUGCAAUACCAAGUCCGUUUGAAUUUUGCGACGUCGUAACAACAACGACACACAAAAGUUUGCGUGGCUCAAGAUCUGGGAUGAUUUUCUAUCGCGUUGGUGAAAAGUCGGUUGACAAGCAAGGAAACCCAGUUAAAUAUGAUUUUGAACAGAAAAUCGACGGAGCAGUUUUUCCAGCCUUGCAAGGUGGUCCUCACAAUAACAACAUCGCAGGAGUCGCUGUGGCAUUAAAACAGGCCAUGUUACCAGAAUUCAAGGAAUAUGCUGUCCAAAUUAUAAAGAACGCAAAAGCUCUUUCCACUGCUCUUCAAACAAAAGAUUACAAAAUUGUGACUGAUGGAACGGAUACGCACAUGUUCUUGCUCGACGUUCGAAGUUUUGGCAUCGACGGUGCAAAAGUGGAUACCAUUAUGGAAUUGGCAAGUAUAAGUGUUAACCGAAAUACUGUUCCGGGCGAUAAAAGCGCUUUCCGUCCGGGUGGAAUUCGAGUUGGAUUACCUGCAUUGACAACUCGAAAUUUUAAAGAAGUUGAUAUGCAGAUCGUUGCAGGUUUCAUGGAUGAUUGUAUUAAACUAACACAGAAAAUUGAAAGAUCGUUUGGUCUUACCGACAAGCAGUGUCUGUUGCGAGAAUUCAAAGCUGUGUUAAAUAAAGAGAAAUGGCAAAAUGAGAUUGCCGAAAUUAGAACACGUGUGGAGGAGUUCUCAUUAAAAUUUCCAAUGCCUGGCUUUCCGGCUGCUAUUUGAGCGCUUCACCGUAAAUUUUCUUGCUAAAACUUGUCUUAAGGUAGAAAAUACUCCAGAAUCUUAAAUUACAGCCAAGGACAACUCAACGGAAAUAAAAUAGUGUAAAUACGGUUUUGUUUCAAAUUUUAUAUUUUGUAAUUUUUAAGCGUGAAAAUAUUCCAAAUAAAAAUUCCUUACAUACCA